AUGGGGGACGUUCGGGUCGUCCAUAUGGGCACGCGCCUCCACUACCCUGUCACUAUCACCCGACUGCUGAAGAAACCCGGCGAUGCGAUCGAGGCCAGACAGGUCGUGUUCGAAUACAAGUUCAGCUGGCAGCGGGAGAUUGAGGAAGGCAGGUUCAAGGAAGAGACCUCGUAUGCCGACUUUGAGUCACCCGCCGAGGGCACCCUUCGAGAAUGGAAGAUUGAGCAGGGCGAGGUUGUCAAGGCCCCUCAGCCAUACAUGGCCAUUGAGGAGGCGUGCCCCCACGACGUGCAAUUGGGGAACAUGUGCGCCAAGUGCGGAAAGGACAUGACCGAGGUUAACUUCGCGACGGCCGAGGAACGGGAUACAGACCGCGCCAACGUGAACAUGGUGCAUGACAAUGUUGGACUUGUCGUCAGCAACGAGAUUGCGAUGAGCAAUGAAUAUUCUGCACAGAAACGGCUGCUAUCGCAACGCAAGCUCAGCCUGGUGGUUGAUCUCGACCAGACGGUCAUUCACGCCUGCGUGGAUCGCACAGUGGCGGAGUGGAAGGCCGACCCUUCUAACCCCAAUUACGAAGCCGUCUGCAAGACCAAAGCAUUCACACUCACAGAAACCCACGACCUUGUAUACCACGUCAAAAUGCGACCAGGAUUGAGCGACUUCCUUGCAGAGGUGAGUGAGAUGUACGAGCUGCACGUGUACACAAUGGGCACCAGGUCGUAUGCUGAGAACAUUGUGGCACUGAUUGACCCCGACCACACGCUUUUUGGGCAGCGCAUCAUCACGCGAACGGAGAGUGGCAGCAUGCACGCCAAAUCUCUGCAACGGAUCUUUCCCGUGAGCACAAACAUGGUCGUCAUCAUCGACGAUCGCUCCGAUGUGUGGCCGCACAACAGGCCGAACUUGAUCAAAGUGGUACCGUAUGCAUUCUUCAAAGGCAUUGGUGAUAUCAACUCGAACUUCCUGCCUCCUGCGACCAAGGAAGCCUUGCCUGUGGCUCUGCCGGGAGCGAAUGGAUCAGCAGCCAACCCAGGCCCAGCAACCACCGAAGCACAGCCGCCCACUGCCCCUGAUGCAGAUAAGGCAGUCCUCGCGAUGCGACUCAAGGACGACGAGGAGAAGCUUAAGGAGCAGGCGGAAGAGCAGGAAAAAGAUCUACAGCAACAAGUAGAGGAUCGCCCGCUCCUACACAUGCAGGAGGAGCUAGAGAAGGAAGACGAAGCACAAGGGGAGGAGCCGAAGAGGCACAUACUCCUGACGGAUGAUGACGAGGAGCUUAUUGCGCUCCAGGAUCACUUGACAGACGUCCACAAGGCCUUUUACGCCCUUUACGACAAGCGACGGAGACAGCGCAAAUCCGGACAAGCACCACAACACAAGCCUGGCGAAACCAAGGUCCGCCGCCCAUCAAAUGACACGGGUGUCGAUCUCUCACUCGUGCCGGACGUUGGAGACAUACUGGAGAACUUAAAGCAGAGCGUUCUCGAGGGCUUGGUGAUUGCUACAUCCGGGCUGGUUAAGGGAGGCCGUGUGGAGUAUUCCGAAAUCGGUCAACAGGCCCAGGCCUUUGGCGCGCAGGUCGUGGAUGAGGUGUCCAAAAGAAUCACCCACCUUGUCGUGUCGCCCACCCAUGAGCGGUCGGAAAAGGUUCGACAAGCGGUUAGACUACGAUCGAUACGCAUCGUCAGCCAAAGCUGGUUGGUGGAUUGUCUGAGUCAAUGGCGGAGACUCGACGAAAGCGCCUACUACGUGUCUGUGGAAUCCCUGAGAAGGGAAGAAGCCGAGCGCAGGCGCAAGCAGGGCGAGGCUGGUUCUGGUAGUGUAUCCAGAGAUGCUACACCGGACGAAGAUGACCCAACGGGCCAGCUGGACCUCGGUGACGAUGAUGAUAUGGACGACGAAGAGUUCCGGAAACUACUCGAUCUCGACUCCGAUGAGGAUUUUGGUGACAUGAACACCACCACCGACGACGAUGACGACGAGGGUAGUGAAACAGACGAUGACGGGAGCAGUCGAGCCAGCGACGCCGAUCUCAAGUCAUCCCAGGAAUCCGAGGCAGGCACAAACAACGGCGCCUCGACCACUGUGCCAAGCCGUACGAAGCGGAAGAAGCCAAGUGGCGAAGACACAGAUGGCGAGUCGGAUCGGGAGAGCGUCAUGGCCAAGAAGCAGCGCAUCGCAAGAAGUCGGCCGUCUGGGUUACGGUCCGAGGCCGUCAUUGUUGAAAACGGGACGGGGCCUGACGCCGGCGACGAGAGCACCACGUUGCCCACCCCUGGAACGAAUGGAGGCGACGUCGUCAACUUGGACCGGGGUGAGGAGGAGAUUGAUUUCGACGAGGAUGAGCUCGAGAGGGAUAUGGAGGCUGCGUUUGAGGAAGCUGGGGGCGAUAAUUAG